AUGGCGGCUCUUGGCUUCAACAAAUGCACCAAGGAACAUGGCGUGUAUACGCGCGGCGAGGGACAGAAGAGGGUGGUACUAGGCGUGUACGUUGAUGACUUAAUCAUCACUGGCACUGAUCAGGGAGAGGUCAACACAUUCAAGGAGGAGAUGAAGGAGACAUUCAAGAUGAGUGAUCUCGGGUGCCUAAGAUACUAUUUGGGCAUCGAGGUCAACCAACAACCGGGGUGGAUCACGCUGUCGCAGGCGGCGUACGCGGCCAAGCUUCUGGAAAAGUUCGGCAUGACAAGCUGCAACAGCGUGCAAGUUCCGAUGGAGAAUCGCCUGAAACUGAGUAAGAUCAGCACAACUCCUCCUGUUGAUGCAUCAUGGUACCGCAGCAUUGUGGGGAGCUUGCAAUACUUGGUUCAUACCCGGCCAGACAUUGCCUCCUCUAUUGGGUACGUGAGCCGGUUCAUGGAGAAGCCAACGACAGAGCAUCUGAGCGUCGUCAAGCACAUACUUCGGUACAUUGCGGGCACGCUGCACUACGGCUUGAGCUUCACUAAAGGCAAUGGUGAGAUUGAGCUAAAGGGAUACAGUGAUGCGGACAUGGCCGGGGAUGUGGACGAUUGGAAGAGCACAACCGACGUUAUGUUCUGCCUUGGGAACGCACCCGUAACCUGGCAGUCUCAAAAGCAGCCGGUAGUGGCGCUGUCGUCGUGUGAGGUGGAGUACAUCGCAGCAUCUUCAACAGCUUGCUAG